CCGAUGCGUUUGCGAAAGUGACUGAUUCUGAAGGUGUUGGACCGUUUUCUGAUAUGACAGGCCAACAAAUUCCACAAAAACGGCCGUGGCAGCAGCAACAUAAGAAGCCACCAGAAGAAAAAUACGACUAUAUACUGAAGAAUAUUUGACCUAUGGUUUUGUCAGCAAUGGUGUGGACCCUCCACUUCCACUCUGUGUCAUAUGCACCGAAACUCUGUCCAAUCACAGCUUGAAACAGUCAAUUAUGAAGAGACACCUACAAACCAAACAUACAGAAUUGAAAGAUAGACCGGAGGGAUAUUUCAAGAGGAAACAUGAGAGUAUGAUAAAAGGCAUCGCAAUAAUUCACAGAUAUCUGCAUAUGUCUGAGAAAGCUUUGCGCACCUCAUAUGAAGUAAGUCUUUUGGUUGCGAAAACAGGGAAACCUCAUACUAUUGUUGAGGAGUUGGUUCUUCCUACAGCAAUAAAAAUUGCAGAAAUAAUGAUAGACAAGAAAGCAGUCGAUACGGUGAAAACUAUCCCACAUUCGGAUGAUACUGUAUCAAGGAGAAUUCAAGAAAUGGCUUACGAUAUAAUCAAGCAAGUCUGUGAGCAGAUCAAAGUGUGGAUCAAGUGGUGGGAUUUUCAGAAGAAGUAUUAGCUUGCAAAUCUUUGCCGGGAAAAACAACAGCACAAGAGAUUUUUGAGUUCCUUCAGAGUGUCUUGCCGCUCAUAGACUUGAAUGGAUGUGGUGUGUUUCUGUGUGCACAGAUGGCGCAGCUAUCAUGACGGGUCACCGUGGAGGCUUGAAAGCAUUGGUGAAAGGGAAAAAUCCAUCAGUACAAUGGAUUCACUGCAUUAUUCAUCGACAAUCACUUGCCUCGAAAAAAUUAAUCGUGGAGUUACAUGAGACACUGAACACUGUGAUAAGCGUUGUCAACUUUAUCAAGUCAUGUGCUUUCAACUCCCGGCUCUUUCGACUGGUUUGCCAGGACGUGGGUUCGGAACAUGUAACUUUGUUUUUACAUACAGAAGUCAGGUGGCUGUCUCAAGGAAAAGUUUUAAACAGGUUAUUUGAGCUUCGACAUGAAAUUUAUGUCUUUCUUGAAGAUCAGAAAUCUGCUUUUGCAGCGCACUUUGAGGACGAGCAAAUUCGCAUAUGUUGCCGACAUAUUUGUCAAUGAGUUGAAAUUUAAACUUCAAGGACAGAACAGCAACAUAUUUUCUUCCAUUGACAACAUGCAAGCUUUUCGUAACAAACUUAUCUACUGGAAAAACAGAAUUUCUGCUGGAGAUUUUGCAGUCUUCCCAACAAUUUCAUGUUUUUGUGAAGAAUCGAGCAUCGAGCAUUCAAUCUUUCCUAAUAUCAAAGCAUUGAUCAUCAAUCAUUUGAAGAAUCUGGAAAACGAAAUUCUCCAAUAUUUUCCUGAAAUUGAAACAGAUGGUGCCCAGAACAACUGGAUUUUGGAUCCUUUUUGUGAAAACAAUGUUGACACAGCAGAACUUUCUGUUGACUUGAAAGAGAAAUUAUUUGAAAUUGCAGCAGACAGAACGUUGAAAGCAAGAAUGGACAGCAACGUGGGAGAUUUCUGGCAUAGUGUGCGUAACGAAUAUGAAGAUUUGAGUAAUGCAGCAUUGACGGCAUUGUUGCCUUUUCCAUCAACGCAUUUAUGUGAAAGUGCUUUCUCGGCUUUGACUGCAAUAAAAACUAAAGCAGCAUCCAUCCUCGCAUCAAGUCUUUGAUGGCACAGAAACAAGCCCAAGUAUCACAUUAGAAAGCACAAGCCCCUCCUCUGCGUCGAGCGGAGUCUCA